AUGGCGCGAGAGGACGUCGCACGGGGGUGCAGGCCCUUGAGCGCUGAAAAUCGCUGGCGAAGAAACUGUCGCGCCAAUGCUUACUUCAAAGAGCAAGUAGAGCAGCCACAACGCGUGAAGGAACGCAGAUUAGGGCGUGCGUGGGGUGGCGCACUUGGCUGUCGGGAGGGUGUCGAGUUGCGGCAGGGUUUACAUAUACCGGCCCUUCGGUACAGCAGGUCUCAGGAUUCUACGCUCAAAAGUCAGCGUCGCAGUGACUGUGUUCCAUCAAAGGAAAAAAGAGAUGGGGAUCUGUUGGACAUGAUCAGGAGGGGCAAGCAAUCUUGGUGGCAGGGCCCCAGGGGGCCCCCUGGACUCUGUUCCCCCUCCUCGUCAGAAGCAGCGUUCAGGGGUCUCGAUCAUCUGCUGCCCUCGCCGAGACGCGAUCCCCUUACUCCUCCCCCCAAUCUCGACGGCUCUCCUUUUCUUCCCAGUUCUCCUACCGAGCCACUCCCAGGGGGCCCCUACCCUGGAGGCCCCCCCCCCCUACCGCCUGUCGAGUUCGUGGGAUCCGUCUUUGAGGGCGACGCGGGCAGCAAUGCACAUGCACUGUUUGCAAAAAUGCACCCCUCUGGUGAACCCUUAGGCACCCUCUCCGGGAGGCCCCUCCUCUUUACACCCUUGUCAUUUAUUGCUGCCGCUCUGCCCGAGAUCUUCACGGACGUUGAGUUCGUUGCUGCACACCUGGGAGUAGAUCCAGCAGGAACCGUAGCCGCUGCAACGCGCCGGCGACCUCCUGGGAACGUUACAAAAUCUUUGCAGCAGCAUGAGCAGUCGAUUCAGCGGCUGCAAGCGACCCCUGGGGGAUGCCCCUCGAGCUCCAGCCUGCCUGAUAAAGGCACUUCUACCCAGCAUGCGUUCACAGGAGCUCCUGUGCAUCGACUUCUGCUGCUGCGGUUUGCCGCUACACUUCGCGCCAGCGGUGGCACCAGAGUCACCUGGGAUGAGGUUUUUCGACCCGUUCCCGUAGAACUGCCGCCACAGGGGGCCCCCCGCGGAGGCCUCGGCUCGGUGGCUCGUGGGCCCAUAGGUCGUCAUGCUAGUCCAUUGCUUCUGCAGCAAAAGCAGCAGCAAAAGCAACAACAACAGCAACAGCAGCAAAAGCAGCAGCAACAACCACCACAACAACCACCACAACAACAACCACAACAGCAAAAGCAGCAGCCACAACAGCAACAACAACCACAGCAACAACAACAGCAAAAGCAGCAGCAGCAACAACAGCAACAGCAGCAACAACCACAACAGCAACAGCAACCAAAGUCUCGGUGUGUAUUCGUGGGCAUAUGCGGGGUGUUGCUGCUGAGCGCACUGGAGACUCCAAAUCGCCCACCAGUAUGCCUCCCGGCCUUCCCGCCGUGCAAGUCUGAGGUUUAUGCGCAGCUCUACAGCUCCCACAGCAGCAAUCCAAAGCUGUCUGACCUUCUGCCGGCACCGCUGAGGGAGGCUGCUGCUCUUGUUGUGGAUGCUGCGCGGAACCUCCGCCGGCUGCUUCAGCAAUUGCAGCAAUUGCAGCAGCCUCAGCAGCAGCGGCAAGGGCAAGAGCGAGCUGGACUCCUGGCGGCUUUUGAGCCGCACUGGGAGGAGGGCUUUGCAUGCAGCAGUGAGGGGAGGCCCCACAAGCUACGAAUUGAAGACAGCAGCAGUAGCAGCCUCAGCAGCAGUAGCAGCCUCAGCAGCAGCAGCGAGGGGGAGGCGGAGCAGGAAGUACAGGAGCAUCAGAUGAAGACAUCAAAGAAUCUUCCCCCCCCCGCCUCUCUGGCUGCUGAGCGCCCAGAUGCGAUGGUUCCUAGGCAGACCGCAGUGUCUAGCAAGGCUGCAGUCCCUCCAGCAGAGCUUGCAGAUAAUGCAAACAUCGAGGUAGUAGCAUGCCCGUCGGGAGUCACCCAAGAGGAUCCUUCGACGAAAGACGCACCAGGGGCCCCUGGGAUGCCAGUGCCUCUGCCGCUUUCCUUGGAAGAUCCGUGGGCUGCCUUUGAAGCCUCAAAGGAGGCCAUUGAGGCCAUGGCUGCACACUGCAGGCUGACACGUCCAAGUACGCCGCACUCUUCUCAGCAAUAAACACACCUCCAAACAUCAAUUAGGUCCUUGAUUGGCGCUUGCGCAUUUGCGUGGUGCUGUGUGCUCUAUACUCCGGGUGCAGCAUCAGCAACAAGCGGCAGCAAUGCGAGGGCCGACAACAAAGCGGGUUGGGAACUUCUUAGGACCUUCAGAGAUGAGGGCGAGGCGAUACAGUUCAUUCAGGCCUUUGGUUUCAGGUAUGUUUUGUGGCUUCUCCCCCCUUUCAGUCUUUGCGACUGCGCCUAUCCACUCCCUUGUGUUGCCUUCUUGGACCCCCCCUUGCAUCAGAACGAAACAGCAAACCCCACCAGCACACCCGCAGACCCAACACUAGGGACUCCCGGCCUACGAGCUAGCGAACACGAAAUUACUAAUACACGAAUGGCUCGCCAGCUAGCCACCCAGCCGGCUGCCAAAGCGCAGCCUGCACCACUCUCUAUUCCGUACAAGGCUGCGGUCUGA